UUUCUCUUAAUUUCUCUAGAUUAUAAAAUUGAAGUGUAGAAGUAAAAUGAAGAAAGAGAUCAGAUUUCGCUGUUGAUAAACUGUUGAUCGUUGCAACUCCCACCGCCACCACCGCCGCGGCUAUCACAAAUUCACAGCAAACGUAGAAACCAGAUGCUGAUGGAGAUACCCAAAUUCUCGGCGAGGAAGCCACCGCAAGCGGCGGCGAUGGAUAUCGACCAGAUGCCGGAAAAUCCCCACCGCGGUUCCCACCACCGCCGCUCCCACUCCGACAGUUCCUUCCGCUUCCCAAACCUCGACGACCUUCUCUUCUUCGACCCCUCGGAGCUUGACCUUUCGAUUCUCUCCUCCCCUUCUCCUCCCCGAGCCGGCGGCGCUCCCAUGGCCGUCGAUUCCUCCAAUCCCAAGGCCUCCGAUGACGCCGUUCGCCCCAAGCCGGAGCCGGUUGUCUCCGGACCCUUUGGCGGUCACUUGCGGAGCUUGUCCAUGGACUCCGAUUUCUUCAAGAAUCUGGACCUCGGCGGCGAUUGCGGGGAGAUCGAUUCCUUGGGGAGGAAAACUCCGGUGAGUGAACAGCGGCCAGUUCGUCAUCGACAUAGCCUUUCCAUGGAUGGGUCUUCGUCGUCGUUUGAAGCCGAUUCAACCCUAAUUGACGGAGUGAAGAAGGCGAUGGACCCGGAGAGACUUGCAGAGCUAGCCCUAAUUGACCCCAAAAGAGCUAAAAGGAUUCUUGCGAAUAGACAAUCGGCGGCUCGUUCUAAAGAGAGGAAGAUACGGUACACGAACGAGCUGGAGAGGAAGGUUCAGACUCUGCAGUCUGAAGCAACCACUCUGUCGGCGCAGGUGACGAUUCUACAGAGAGAUACAACUGGAUUAACCGUCGAAAAUAAGGAACUAAAACUUCGUUUACAGGCUAUGGAGCAGCAAGCACAGCUUCGGGACGCUCUGAGCGAAGCUCUGAAGGAAGAAGUUCAACGGCUUAGAAUAGCAGCAGGACAGGUCCCAUCGAUAAAUGGAAAUCCGUUCAAUCGACCUCCUCAGUAUUCAUCAUCCCGACCUCCUUUACACCAUUUUAGUAGUGCCCAUGCACAGCAGGGACAACAGCAGCCACAGCCCAUCUUGGCCACAAACCAGCAGCAAUCAGAUCCCAAAUGGACGUCCUCGUCCCAGCUUCUCGGUCGUAAUCCCGAUGGCCAACCAAAACCUUAGAAGAUGUAUGUACACAUAAUAUUAUCUAUCAAAAGAGGAUAAUGAUUUCACAAUCAUUUUCUUGUACAUUAUUCAUAUAUAUCUUAUAUAUGCAUGAGAAGCCUUGUUCGUCAUCUGUCGCCGUUACGAAUGUUGCUGUUGUAUCAUUAGAAUCGCUUGGAGGUAUAAUUGGAUGAUCACUGUAAUUGUCCUUGAAUAGAUGAUCGUAGCAUCUUCAUAUGAUUGUACACAGCUAGAUCUGUGCCCCUUUCUUCUUGGCAGUGUAUUUGAAUGUAAUAUUGAUGUUCCUGCUGUUGCUUGUUUUCUGUGUGAAGAAUGGAAUUCUUUUUAUUUUGUUUA